CGAAUUCAAAUGUUUUUCUUAGGAUAAAAUGUUAAAAUUCAUAUUUUGGAUAACAUUGAAAAUUAUUUUCACAUUAUUUCAACGCACUGCAGAUGGCGCAUGUACAUUUCCGGAUGCUUUACGAGGUACUUGGAUCAGCAGUAACUUCGGAGACGCAGAGUUUACGGACACCAUCAUGUACUUGUCACAGUAUGAUAUUACAGUGGACACCUUCUCAGCCACACCUUCAAAUUUUACCUGUGAUUUUACUUCAGGAAGUUACUACGUUUUAAGGACUGCCAAUACUUACACGAGUCAUUCAGGUGGCACUAAUUACUACUGGUAUCUCUGUUUGGAGCUGACGUCGAUAACUACAUAUUCUUACUACUACUAUAAUUCAAGAGCAAACAAUUUCGGGACAGGACUGUAUACGGUGUAUACUGAUGUCUGUCAAACUGGGCAGGCUACCGAGCUUUUCCAUGUCUUUGUCAAGGAAGGAUCUGAAUCUGAGGCUCUGUCGUUCUGUGCUAAGCCAUUCCUGGGGGUGUUUACUUAUAUUCACACCUCCUCGUCGGCUACCUGUGGCCUGAACUGGGGCGACUCCCUCCUAGACGUCUGUAACAACAACAGAACUAACAUGGUCUUUGAUUACAGUGAAUGCAACACCCGAGUGGCUUUCUCUGCAGGUGGACAUGUGGGUUGUAUCGCUACCCUCAACAAUGGAACCACAUAUUACCAGAGUGUCAUCAACUUUGAUACCACUCUUACUGUAACCCCAAGAGCUUACAGAUUCACAUGUUUUGUGAUUGAAUUUGAUGGGGAAAAUGUCACAGCAUCGGAGAAGGGAGAGAACUGUGUUUCUGGUCAAACAGCUACCACCAAACCGGGUGCCCCGGGAAGUCUGCUUUAUCUUGUAGCCAAUA